UAAUACUUGUCAAAUAGAUGUAAAACUGCAAUCCUAUAAAUAUUAGCAAAUAUUGGCUACAAUUUGAUUUUUUAGUAUAGUUCAAUUAAGUAUAAGUUUCCACAAUGAAUGAAGUUGCAAAAUUAGAACAUCUCUCUUUAGUUUCUAAAAUUUGUACAGAAUUGGAUAACCAUUUAGGACUAAAUGACAAAGAUCUAGCUGAAUUUAUCAUUGACUUGGCAGAGAAAAAUCCAACAUUUGAUGAUUUUAAGAUAUCUCUCAUUAAGAAUGGGGCUGAAUUUUCAGAUUCAUUUAUGACAAAUUUGCUUCGCAUUAUACAGCAUAUGAAGCCAGCCAGUUUGUCAGAUGAAAAUAUAAAAAAUAUAUCAGGUUCUAAAACACUGGCUUCUAAGUUUCCUGGAUUAGCAAUUCCUAAUGAGAAACCGCCGGUAUUUUCAUCAGAUGAGAGUAGUGAUGAAGAUGACAAAAAGAUAAAAAAUGAGAGAAUAACGAAUAAGGAUUUAUUUAAAGAAGAAGUAAAAGUAAAAGAAUCUAGUGGUAAUGUGAUAGACCAAGCCAUGGCAGAAUUAGAAGCAUUAGCGCCUUCUAAUUUAAAUCUCAAGAAAGAAGAAAAGAAAGAUCUCAUCAAGGACCACACUGACAGUAAAGUCAAAAGGGACAGAUCUCGUGAGAGAAAUAGAAAACGUAGUAGAAGUAGGGACAGAAGAAGUAAAACUCCUGAUCGUAGGAAUAGAAGUAGAGACCGUGAUAAAGACAGAAGAAGACGGUCCAGAAGUCGUCAUCGUCGAAGGUCAAGGUCUCGGGACAGGAAUAGGAGAUCAAGGUCCAGAGGUAGGAGGUCAAGAUCCCGAGGAAGAAGAUCAAAGUCCAGAGGUAAAAGAUCCAAAUCUAGGUCUCAUUCACGUGAGAGACACAGAGAAGAUAAUUAUAGGUUAAGAGACUUUGAAAGAAGAAAAAAGAAAAGUCCUGAAGUUGAAAUGAGUGAUGAUCCCGAACCAGGAAAGAUAUAUAACGGGAGAGUGGCAAAUAUAGUUCCAUUUGGUUGUUUUGUACAAAUGGAAGGUUUGAGAAAGAGAUGGGAGGGCUUGGUGCACAUCUCACAGUUACGUGCUGAGGGCAGAGUUACCAAUGUCUCUGAUGUUGUUUCCAGGGGUGAUAAAGUUAAGGUGAAAGUGCUGUCAAUAACUGGCCAAAAAGUGUCACUAACUAUUAAGGAUGUAUGUCAAGAAACUGGAAAAGAUCUGAAUCCGACAUCACAUGCACAUUUGGAGGCAGAACGAGAGGGGCGGAACCCCGACAGGCCAGCCCCUGCUGCUACAGUACUGGCAGGGCUGCAAGGUAAUCUGGAUCCAGAUGAAGAUUCCAGCCGUAAGCGUGUGACAAGAAUCUCUAGUCCUGAACGAUGGGAGAUCAAACAGAUGAUAUCAUCUGGUGUAAUCGAUAAAAGCGAAUUACCUGACUUUGAUGAGGAAACAGGUCUGCUACCAAAAGACGAAGACGGAGAAGCUGAUAUAGAAAUAGAGUUAGUGGAAGAGGAACCUCCAUUCUUACAAGGUCAUGGUCGUGCACUUCACGACUUGUCGCCAGUUAGGAUAGUCAAGAACCCUGACGGCUCACUGGCACAGGCCGCAAUGAUGCAGUCCGCUCUAGCAAAAGAGAGAAGAGAACAGAAGAUGUUGCAAAGAGAACAAGAAAUGGAAAGUUUACCAACUGGGCUCAAUAAAAACUGGAUAGAUCCACUGCCGGAGGCUGAUGGGCGAGCCCUGGCAGCGAAUAUGAGAGGUUCAGGAAUAACUCCACAGGAUCUACCCGAGUGGAAGAAACAUGUUAUUGGCGGGAAAAAGUCGUCUUUUGGCAAAAAGACUAAUCUAUCACUAUUGGAACAGAGACAAUCGUUACCUAUUUACAAGUUGAAGGAUGAAUUAAUCAAAGCGGUAGCAGACAACCAGAUCUUGAUAGUGAUCGGCGAGACAGGUUCAGGUAAGACGACGCAGAUGACGCAGUACGUGGCGGCGUGCGGGCUGGCGGCGCGCGGCAAGGUGGCGUGCACGCAGCCGCGUCGUGUCGCCGCCAUGUCUGUCGCCAAACGCGUCGCCGAGGAGUUCGGCUGUCGGCUCGGGCAGGAAGUCGGAUAUACCAUACGAUUUGAAGAUUGUACCAGUCCUGAGACAAUUAUUAAGUACAUGACAGACGGUAUGUUGCUCCGAGAGUGUCUGAUGGAUUUAGACCUGAAGAGUUACUCAGUGAUUAUGCUGGACGAGGCUCACGAGCGGACCAUUCACACCGACGUCCUGUUCGGUCUGCUCAAGCAAGCGGUGCAGAAGAGACCUGAGUUAAAACUCAUUGUCACCUCAGCCACAUUGGAUGCUGUCAAAUUCUCACAAUAUUUCUUUGAAGCGCCCAUCUUUACAAUACCCGGAAGAACGUUCCCAGUCGAAGUUCUGUACACUAAAGAACCAGAGACUGAUUACUUGGAUGCAUCACUAAUAACAGUCAUGCAAAUUCAUUUAAGAGAACCUCCAGGAGAUAUUCUGUUGUUCUUGACGGGUCAAGAAGAAAUUGACACAGCUUGUGAGAUUUUGUACGAACGCAUGAAGUCAUUAGGUCCUGAUGUACCAGAACUGAUCAUCUUACCAGUUUAUUCAGCGCUACCUUCAGAAAUGCAGACAAGAAUAUUCGAACCAGCACCUCCAGGCUCUAGGAAGGUGGUCAUAGCCACCAACAUAGCUGAAACAUCACUGACUAUUGACGGCAUAUACUAUGUGGUGGACCCUGGAUUUGUGAAGCAGAAGGUGUACAACUCGAAGACGGGAAUGGACUCUUUGGUGGUCACACCAAUUUCACAGGCAGCGGCGAAGCAGCGCGCGGGUCGUGCGGGGCGCACCGGCCCCGGCAAGUGCUACAGGCUGUACACGGAGCGCGCCUACCGGGACGAGAUGUUGCCCACACCCGUACCAGAGAUACAGCGUACCAACCUCGCCACCACCGUGCUACAGCUGAAGACAAUGGGUAUAAACGAUCUGCUGCACUUCGACUUCAUGGACGCGCCGCCCGUAGAGUCCCUUAUCAUGGCACUGGAGCAGCUGCACUCGCUCUCCGCACUCGACUCCGAGGGAUUACUCACCAGGCUUGGCCGGAGGAUGGCCGAAUUCCCCUUAGAGCCGAACCUAUCGAAAAUUCUCAUCAUGUCGGUAGCACUGCAAUGUUCAGACGAGAUCUUAACAAUCGUAUCAAUGCUGAGCGUCCAGAACGUAUUCUACCGGCCCAAAGACAAGCAGGCGCUGGCUGACCAGAAGAAGGCCAAGUUCAACCAGCCAGAAGGCGACCACCUGACCCUCCUCGCGGUCUACAACAGCUGGAGGAACAACAAGUUCUCCAAUGCAUGGUGCUACGAGAACUUCGUUCAGAUAAGGACAUUGAAGCGAGCGCAGGAUGUCAGAAAACAGUUGCUGGGCAUCAUGGACAGACACAAGCUAGAUGUGGUGUCGGCAGGGAAGAACACAGUACGCAUUCAGAAGACCAUUUGCUCAGGGUUCUUCCGGAACGCCGCCAAGAAAGACCCGCAGGAGGGUUACAGGACUCUUGUUGACAGUCAAGUUGUCUACAUCCACCCUUCAAGUGCACUAUUCAACAGACAACCUGAAUGGGUAAUUUACCAUGAAUUGGUUCAAACAACGAAAGAGUACAUGCGUGAAGUGACAACGAUAGAUCCGAAGUGGCUUGUCGAGUUUGCUCCGGCCUUCUUCAAAUUCUCCGACCCGACCAAACUUUCCAAGUUCAAGAAGAACCAGAGACUUGAACCUCUUUACAACAAGUACGAAGAACCCAACGCCUGGAGAAUAUCAAGAGUCAGAAGAAGAAGGAAUUAAAUUAUCUACUCGUUUUAUGUGAAUGAAUGAAAUGUUAAAGAAAAUAAAAAUAUGGGA